AUGUCCAAACCGCUCAGUGUCUACUAUCCAACCCAUGAUUACAGGUUACCAGACCUAGAUCUGCUGUCGCUGAUCAUUGAAUCCUCUGAAGCGCUAUCCGACGAAGACAUGAUUUUGCGUGCGGAGGCCGAUAUUCCAGAUAAUUCGGUAAACAAGGCCCAGGCACGCAAACACAUCAAGCAAAUUGCCUACCAGCUACGCCACUGCUAUGAGGACGCCCAUCUCUUUCUCUUCCUUCUGAUUGUGCUCCCUUCAGCGCAGAACGGCGCUCUUGGAUGCGCUGUUGGGAUGAGCCUGUCACAUUGCUUCCCACUGUCCGACCGCUGGAGAAGCAUGGGUAACUUGCGGCGAGAACGACUGGAGCAAAGAUUUGCCGCGGUACCCAUGCUUAAUCUAAGUCCUAUCGGGCCAGCGGCCACCCCGUCACCGCUUACGUUUGACCUUGUAAUGGAAGGCCAGCCAUCGUCACGACACAGCCGCCUUCUCAACCUUCCGGUGGAAAUACUCUCAGCUAUCCUCGGUUAUAUGGAGGGAGACAAGGCGGUAUUGGUUGUCCUGGCGAAAAUCAAUUCAGAUUGUCGUCGGUUAGCACGAUCUUGCCAGUUUCACAGCGUUGUUUUCGACUUAACAGUCGGCAGGCCUCCUCUAUCCUCCGCGAAGCGAAUGAGCGGCUUUGAUCAGCCAAUCACCUAA